GUUCAAUCCGUCGUUUACUCGUCGCUUUGCAAUUCAUGAUCGACCGCGUCAUGCUGUGUCCACCUCUGCUUGAAUGGCUCACUUCAACAACCUACAUUAAUUUUCUCGCGGAUUGCCUCCUUUCUCCUAUUUCUUUAUCCUGAAGGUACUUCCUCGCUCAUACCAUAGAUGGCCGCACUGCUGCACGGCCUCUGGUAUGAGCAUGGGUUGUUCGGUUCGCAUCUAACCCUGAGUUAUGAGUCGAUUGACAUAGAAUCCUCCGAAGUCCUUGUGAAACAGUGGGGUCCCCAUUGUGAGGAGGGCUAUGUUUUCCUCAGUCCGCGUGGUCAUAGCUAUCCCGAACCAGCCCCCCUGAUAUAUGAUUAUCGAGGGAAUCUAGUCUGGAUGGGGCGCGCAUUCGGGGAGUUCAUGGAUCUGAAGAUACAGCAGUACAAAGGCCAGGAUUAUCUCACUUUCUGGGCCGGCGAGUUCGAUGGCACGCGAGGCAUUGGCCAAUACUACAUGGUGGACGGGGGGAUCUAUGACAGUCUCUUCCAGGGGAUAGAAGUCGAGACGGGCGAGCUGCUCUUCGAGUGGCGUGCGAGCGACCACUACGCUGCUCACGAAUCAUACUUCUUCCUCGUCGACAAGGGCUCGUCAUCUUCUCCGCAGGACGCCUACGAUUACUGCCACAUCAACAGUAUCGACAAACAUCCGGAGGACGGAAGUUAUCUUAUUUCGUCCCGUUACAUGCACAGUGUCAUCUGCAUCAGUGCAACGGGAGAGACUCAGUGGGUGCUAGGCGGAAAUGCAACACCUUCCGGGCACGACGCACGCUGGUACUCGGAGGAAGUUCUCACAUUGCUAGACAACGGGGCCCACGAGCACUUGGACAGCCGCGGCUACUCUCGAAGGCUCAUGAUCCAGCUGGAAUUCGACGAUUGGACAGCAGACACCCUCCAUGUCUACGACAGCCCCGGCCGCUUCAGCAGCCACUCCCAUGGCAGCCUGCAGGUUCUCUCGCGGACGGGGAACACUGACUGCAGCGUCGAUGGCGACCUCCUCUGCAAGUUCCACUGGGGGCCCCGCAAGUCCCACUGGAUCGGCCGGCCGCGCAAUCCUCCGGAUGUCGAAGUGGACGAGAACUCGCGCACGGCGUACGUGAGUUGGAAUGGAGCUACGGAUGUGGCGGGCUGGGCGUUGCAGCGGGCCAGCAAUGGUAGUGACUUGGAGGGGGAGUUUGAGAGCAUCCACUACGGACCGAAGGAGGGAUUUGAAACGGCUGUGGGACUUGUUGGGGAGGGUUACUUUCUGCUGGUGGCAGUAGAUUUCGAGGGUAACCAUAUGGGAGCGACGAGGUUUUUCGAGGCUAUGCUGGCAGCAGGAGCACAGAAUACGGCCGAAACGAUCAAAUCGUCCUUCUCCAUCUUCUCCGAGGGAGUCUUCCAAUUGACGCUCUUGGUCAUCUGCGCCACGGGGGCACUGUCGACGGCCGUGUGGACGGGGCGAAGACGGCUCCUGGAGACUUUGACAGCUGCUUGUCAGCGGUUCAAGACUUAUUCAGGCGUCGUGAAGCAUGAGCUUGCAUGUUGAUU